AUGUCAGGUAAAGAAACUUUUUUAUUCACUUCAGAAUCAGUUGGUGAAGGUCAUCCAGAUAAAAUUUGUGAUCAAGUAUCAGAUGCUAUUUUAGAUGCUUGUUUAGCUGUUGAUCCAUUAUCCAAAGUUGCUUGUGAAACUGCUGCUAAAACUGGUAUGAUUAUGGUUUUUGGUGAAAUUACAACAAAAGCUCAAUUAGAUUAUCAAAAAAUUAUUAGAGAUACUAUUAAACAUAUUGGUUAUGAUCAUUCAGAAAAAGGUUUUGAUUUUAGUACUUGUAACGUAUUAGUUGCAAUUGAACAACAAUCACCAGAUAUUGCUCAAGGUUUACAUUAUGAAAAAGCUUUAGAAGAAUUAGGUGCAGGUGAUCAAGGUAUUAUGUUUGGUUAUGCUACUGAUGAAACUGAUGAAAAAUUACCAUUAACUAUUUUAUUAGCUCAUAAAUUAAAUGCUGCAUUAGCUAGUGCAAGAAGAUCCGGAGCUUUACCAUGGUUAAGACCAGAUACUAAAACACAAGUUACUGUUGAAUAUGAAAAAGAUGGUGGUGCAGUUAUUCCAAAAAGAGUUGAUACUGUUGUUAUUUCAACUCAACAUUCAGAUGAUAUUUCAACUGAAAAAUUAAGAAGUGAAAUCAUUGAUCAUAUUGUUAAAAAAGUUAUUCCAGAACGUUUAUUAGAUGAUAAAACUGUUUAUCACAUCCAACCAUCAGGUAGAUUCGUUAUUGGUGGACCACAAGGUGAUGCUGGUUUAACUGGUAGAAAAAUUAUUGUUGAUACUUAUGGUGGUUGGGGAGCUCAUGGAGGUGGUGCAUUCUCAGGUAAAGAUUUCUCAAAAGUUGAUAGAUCAGCUGCUUAUGCUGCUAGAUGGGUUGCAAAAUCUUUAGUUAAUGCAGGAUUAGCAAGAAGAGCAUUAGUUCAAUUUUCAUAUGCUAUUGGUGUUGCUGAACCAUUAUCAAUUUAUGUUGAUACUUAUGGUACCUCAAAGUAUUCAUCAGAUGAAUUAGUUGAAAUUAUUAAAAACAAUUUUGAUUUAAGACCAGGUGUCAUUGUCAAAGAAUUAGAUUUAGCUAGACCAAUUUAUUUCAAAACUGCUUCUUAUGGUCAUUUCACUAAUCAAGAAAAUCCAUGGGAACAACCAAAAAAAUUAAAAUUUUAA